AUGACCAUUCUGCUACCAGAAAAGGACAGGCGAAAUCGGGAGCGUACAAUGGGCUGCCUGCACAUUGGAGAAAAGCUUGAAAAUAAUACUUGUCACGAGCCGAGCACCAAGCUGUCGUACUAUUACCAGGCUUCCCAUUCCUCGGUAGUCCUCGCUCUCCCGCCUUCCUCCACGGCCGUUCCCGGUUCGGGAAAGCCUCAAUGUACAUCUUACCUUUGCGCAGCACGGGAAGGACGGGCUGGAAAAUCGGACAAAGUCAGGUACGCAGAAGCGUCGCCGUUUUCGGUCAGCACGCCGUGUCCUAACCACUCUCCCCUCACGCCCCCUUCCCACGUUCCUGUCCUGCCGUCAUCUUUUCUGGUACACCGUCUGACCUCCGCAUUCGUAUCUCCUCUUCCUCCCAUUCUUACUCUCAUCUCUGUCUCGGGCUCCCCAGGUUUUCCUACAGUAGACACCCUCACCGUGUUCAGUUUGACUGUACGAAGCCGCACAGUCCCUGGAUCAGCGCGACGCAUGUCAGAUCGCCGGCUUGUCCCGGAAUAUCAGUUCGUAUACGGUCAACGGCAUAUGCAAAACCCAUCCAUGGAUGGAGGCGCUGACGGCCGCAUGACUCUGAGACCAUCCCUCAAACCAAACCAGAGAAUUGGGAAUGAUGGACUAGGACGGCAGUUUAUAUCACACCCCGUUGUGUUUACGGUCAGGGCAUACUGCAUCUCGACCUUUUCGAACUCGGCGAUCCAGGCAGGGCUGGAACGGACGUACCUUGAUGCUUCCGGAUGGACAGUCGCCCUGCAAGAUUGCUGCACGUCAGGAUGUAACCCAAAGGUCUAUCCGAGCAUCUCAAGGCCAGACGAACUUGCAGCGUCCACGCCCCCUGACCCGCCCAUCGUCUCUAUCCAUCACUUCUCUUUCGGUUCCCCCUCCCUGCCCCUCCUCCAUGUCGGUGUGCGCAACCGCAAUAUCCCACUCCCUAUGCCUCUGCAUCCUACUACUUCCAUACCUUCUCCGCUCCUCUCUCGCUACUUCCCCUGUCGUCUUGGACAUUGCACACCGUAUAUUUCACUCCUCACAUCGCCAAGAUCAGCCCCCUUUUCUCCGGAUCAAGCAGAGCCACUGAACACCAUGAUCUAUGAAUACUACCUCUUUCUCAUUUUGAACCUCGCUAGCCAGCCGCUUGGCCCAUCGUCACCGCCGCCAUCCCUCCCGAGUGUCCCAGGAGCCUGGUGGUCGGCCGACGGGCGCUCUACUACCCACGAAGCCUUCUCUAGCCUGUUUUUUGCCUUUGUCUUGACAGCGCUCGGCAAGCCACUCCCUUCUCUUCCGUCCAACGCCAUGAACGCUUUCUGCUUGGUACUUCUCAGCCCCCCCCUGGCCCUCCAUCUAUCUCCUCUUCUCCACGCAAACGAAGGCCAUGCGCUUAGCUACCAGGAGUGUCUUUAUGUCGAUCCAACCAUGUGUUUGCGGACUCCAUAUCCUCCAGGACAAGAGGUGUUCUCUUUUCGCAGCCCGUCAGAGUGCGAGGUACAAGAGUCCCGCAGGGCCCACCUCAUCUCUCUUGCCGGCGGCUUAUCUCCCUUCAGCUGGCUUGUUCACCGUGCCCCGUCUACCCCUCGGCCCCAUCAACGGCCGGUGCCUACUGUUAGAAGGCAGGCAGGCAACUCCUUUCUCCGCCAACCGGCCUACUGGCCGCCCGGGCAAGGAACUUGGAUCUUGAGCCAAGGCACCUAUCUGGGCUACGAGGCAUUCAGGGACCUCAUCAAUGGUGUACAUUGGGUCGCCGCGCACUCUCUCCGCCUCCUCCUCCGCCCAAUGUCGCGCAAGCCCGACGGCCCAAAAUCCCUAGCGUUGCUGCAAAGAAUCGGCAUCAUGUACUCUUGGGGCUCGCCGUUGGGAAGAGGCCGCAAAAGCUGCAAAAGAUGCAAAGGCUCGGACACACGCUUACACGCUUACCAACGGACGCAAAGACACUUGGAGUCUGACAUCUCAUUGCUGCGCUCCGACCUCGCCUGGCCUGCAUCUAUCAAGCACAGACUUCAUUCCAUGGGUACCGCCACGCGUGAGUGUACGUGUGUUAUGCACGCUCGCGGCUUCCGCUUGGUUUGUCUCGUCGUCACGAGUGAAUUUUCCAUAUUCCUUCAACCUCGUCGAGUCAUCUUCCGAUUCUGGCUCUCUUUUGGCGUCGUGGUUUGGAUGCCUAUGUCAAGGAUGGCUGCUCGAUAUUGGCGAACGGCAUUCUCCUUGCCCCUCCCCUGCCUGAGAGACAGGCGUGUAUACACCACCCCCUUUGGCUCUCGCUCGCGCGCAGGUUUGUGUAACCAGGAUCAACCCAAUCCAAGCGCCAAGGGUCCCCGAAAGCUCUUCCCUCUCGACAAAUGGAUUGGCGGCAACGAGGGGCCUGUCAAAGAGGAACUCGAAGUUUCUCUCUCGUCCACUCGUACACCUCGUCCACUGGCCCCCGAAAUGCUGGCUGCCCCUCCCCUCCUCCCCUCUUCGCCUCCUCCCGCACCGCACACCGCGCACGCCAUACAAACCACCCAUACAGACACCAGUGACCAGACACGGGAGACAUAUCGAUAG